CCGGGCCGGGCCGGCGGCAGAGUGAGUGAGUGAUGAGGCGCGCUGCAGAGACGUGAGCACCUGUUGCAUGCUGCUAUGGCCGGUUUGAGGAACGGGAGCGGGGGGCAGGAGGAUGAGGAGGACAGUGGUGGCGGAUACACGGUUCUGUCGGUUGUCCCGUGUAGAGACGCGGGGUUUGUGAAAGUUGCCGGUGAUGCGGAGGAGGAGGGAGAAGCUGGGCUCCGGGCCGGUGUGUGCGCGCGGAACUCCUGCCUGUGCUUUGUUGGGAGCGGGCGCGAGGCGAACGCGGAGGAGAACGCGAACGCGGAUGUGUCGCGCGCGGCGGUUCCGAGAGAGAAGAAAACAUGUCCUGGCCUGGGCCUCCUCUACAGUCUCCUGGCCUCAGUCUUCUUUUCAGUUGUUGCUCUGUUCGUGAAGAAACUCGACGGUAUUCAUGCUGUGGAAAUCAGUGCAAUCCGCUGCUUUUUCCAGAUGCUGUUUGUCAUGCCAGCGAUGAUCUACUAUAAAACUGGUUUCCUGGGGCCUCGACGUAUGUGGGUGUACCUGGUUCUGCGAGGUUUCCUCGGUUCCAACGCGAUGGUCCUGCUAUACUACGCUGUGCUCCAGAUGCCCCUGGCUGAUGCCACCGUCAUUAUGUUCAGCAACCCUGUGUUCACAUCGUUGCUGGCUUGGAUCUUCCUCAAGGAGCGCUGCACUAUCUGGGAUGUCAUAUUCACCAUCUUUACCCUCACCGGAGUUGUCCUCAUAGCAAGGCCGCCCUUCCUCUUCGGCGGGGAGCUCUCGGACAUCGAGGGCAACUACAGCAACCACAUCAAGGGCACCGCCGCUGCCUUCUCAAGCGCCAUUGCGGCAGCAUGCACCAUGGUCAUCUUGAGAAAGAUGGGCACGAACGUGCAUUACUACCUCGCUGUGUGGUAUUACGCUGUCCUGGGCUUCAUCGAGUGUAUCGUGGUGCUGUUCAUCAUAGAUGAGUGGACGUUACCGUCAUGCGGCUGGGACAGGUGGAACCUGAUGAUCAUCGGGGUCCUGGGCAUCGGUGGCCAGAUAUUCCUUACCAAAGCACUACAGGUCGAGAAGGCCGGCCCUGUUGCACUCAUGAGGACCAUGGAUGUGGUUUUGGCCUUCGUGCUGCAGUUCUUCUUCCUUAAUCACAAGCCGACGUGGUGGAGUGUCGGCGGAGCAUUGUGCGUCAUUAGCAGCACCACCGGAGUGGCCAUCAGAAAGUGGUACAGCAUUGCAAGGCCAAAAAACCUCUGUACACGGAGUUGACCAUUUGAUUCCAUCCAUCCUUCCUUCCUUCUGGUAAAAGUGUAUUUUCCAGGCACGCGGAGUUUUAGUUUAUUAGGUACUCCGGGGUGUACACGACAAAUUGGCAACCCUGUAUGAUGACCUACUCUGAUGGAGAUUUUAUAAAGGAGAUCUCAUUAUGCAAAUUUUGUAAUCGUUAUACCAAAGAUCCAGAACGUGACCUACGUUUUAGAAAGUUCUCUUUAUAUUUUCUACAGGACCUUUACUAUAAAAUUUACUACUCUAACUUUUCUAUAUUAUCGAAACUUUUUAUCAACUUCAUUUAACCUUCUACGGUAUUUAGGGAUACGUACGUGCAUUUCUUUAUUUUUUCUAAAUUAAACAAUCACGUAUUUAUAAAAACGUAUGAUUUAUAGACUGCUGAUCAUAAGACUGUUCUGAAAGUUGCAAGAUGGUGCUUCUCCACUCGACCACUGAGAAGGCAUUAUUUUUAUUUAUUCUUUUAGAGGCUUAAAUAUGAAAAGCGCAUGAAACACCGUAGACAAACGGCAGGUAUUUUAUGGGUAAGGAACCGUUUUAUUUUAAUUGUGCAAAUACGAUAUUCUUUAUAUACGAUCUGGGUUUGAGGGAUUGAAUGUUUAUCAAGCACUUCUCUGAAUGUUAACCUGGACUUAAAGUUAAAGGACGUUUUACUGCACAAACAUUGAACAAGAUAAAUAUUGAUUAAAGCUUUUAUUUAUUCACUUAUUUAAGCAUAUUGCACUCUUACUACGCAAUACCUAAGUAACGCACCUUUUUUCUUUUUUUUUGAUUGUCAAAUAUAUAUUAUAAUAUCAGUUUGCUCCAAUUUAGAACAUGUUUAACCUUUUCUUAUGGAUUAAUUUGAUGUAAGAAAGAUGGAACGUUGAAGCACUGACCGAGUCAGGCUCAUCAAAAGCACUUGCUGAAUGUGAAGGGUCAUUCAUAUGCUGACUUAAAACUACUACUUCUUCUGUUAAAAUCCAUCCAUGAAAUAGUCCAUCCAAUUCAUGUCUUUUUAUUUGACUUUG